GUAGACAAAUCAAGACUCAAGUUAUAACACUGACUGCAUAUUUAUAGACAAAAAUGGCAAUGGCACUUCACCAAAAACUAAUACGAUAAUUAUUAAAUUGCACAUAUGAAAGCAUUGCAUAUAAGUCGUUGUGCGAGGCCUUUGUUUUGAUGCGCGGGGCUAUAUUGAACACUUCAGUUUUCUCAUGUUUUUAGCAGAAGAACUUUUUAAACUGUGUAUAAAACAAUUUAUUAUGUAUGUAGUAGUAUGUAGUUAAAACAAUUUACAAUAUUCAAGUACUUCAUAAAAAUGAUUGACUCUUGCGUAACAAGCCGAGAACAGGUCUUUUGCCCUAUAUUUGUUUGAAGCACGAUAACGUAUCGAAGCUGAUGUUUUUAUAACAAUGUUCUGCAUAUCUUUGAAAAUAAGAAAGCAGGGCUGGAAAUUCGCAGACUGAAACAGCUACAGUCAAAAAAUAGAACCAGAAGCCCCAUACAUUUUUUGAAUCUGUAUUUAACUUUUGAGUGUCUAUUUGCGCGUACUAUGUCUACCAACGCUUGACUACACAAAUUGGCCGACGGCCGAGUAUUCGAUGAUACAUAUACCGUAUGGAUAAACUGCUAAGGAGCCAUCCACAUACCACGUGGACAGAUUUUUAACGAUUUUGAAGUUCCCCCCCUAAAUUCUAAAAAAUUUAUAUGGACCGUGGACACAGACCCCCCCCCUCCUUUCCAAACCUGUCCACGUUGUAUGUGGAUGGCCCCUAACUACUCCGGGAUCUAUUUAGUCGUACGGAGUUGUUGAAUAAAUUUUAAGCUCCAAAAUUGAUUGAUUGACACAGUGGAAAAUUUACUUUAACAUCUUCGUUCCUCGAUAGUACGAUUUUUUUGUGUGAGGAUUUUUUAAUACGUUUUUUGUGAGGAUUUUGUAGGUAUGCUUGUUUCUCUAAUGCAUUAUUGUAAACUAUAUAUAGUUAUGGAUAAACUAAUGCUCUAUCCACGAUAUUCAAACGAUCGUGGAAUAGACGCCGACAAUGCACAUUCCAUGCUCCGAUCCAUGAACAUUAUUGAACGACAGUAGCACCGGACGCACUGCCCUGACGCAGCACGUCACCCGACACAACACGUGGAUGGCCGGUAUUCCUGACACAACAAAACGAGCCACCAUCGACACCAUCGACGGCAACUCUGGAAAGUUUCAACGACGACGAACAGCAGGAACACCUGACGCAGCAGUAUGCAGUACAGUGGACAGAUUUCAUCCAUAUCUAAAAACGUGAAAUGUUGUGUCGCAGGAUGCGUUUAACCGAACGUCACAUUCAAGAACCACGCGAGCCCAUCGAAGGACCAAUCAUGCGACCGUGCACUGCUCGCAAAUUGGAAGGCAACGACAAAGACUCUGCGAUUUCCUCACUCGGACAGCAUGGAAGAAAAUCGUAUGAGAAACCUAAAACACCGCUGAUGAUUGUCAAUCUAAAUAUUCCCCCGGGCAUCAAAACUCUAGCGCCAAAGAGCCUAAAAAGCUCAAGAAAACUGCCCCCAUUUUGUGUACAACAUCAGCAACCCACGAAAGGCUGCAACCUUAAUCAGACUGUCGUUGAAAGCCAAGCGUGUACAACUUCGACAGUACCUCAAAUCUUUAUUCAAGGGUUUGAAAUUCACGAUAAGAAAAAUGGUCCGAUUCAACAACGAGAACUUCUGCAAUGCGAAAUUCGACCAAUAACUGAAAACGAGGAAGACAGUUUCGCUAACAUUUUGCUGGAUAGUAUUUCGAAUAUAUCUUUAGAAAUGAUAAAUAGACAUCAACAAAGACUUCAGGGAACGGAUUCAACUGCUAUCAAACCUGUCAGUAAAACUAGCGUUCCAUCCGGUUAUGACAUGUUUUUAAACUUGGAUUCUUACGAAAUGGAUGACUGCGGCCCUCAGUCGGAUAAAACUGAAAAUAUGACGGAAGAUUCACCACAAAUACCGGCUGGUUAUAGAUCACUUUGUUAUCGCACACCAAGUCCCAGUACAAGACAAAUAAUCCGAGUGAAUGUUACCAUGAACAAAGAGAAAAAUAAUGCAGAUGGCUGUCGUUUCAAUCAUUAAGUAAAAAAAUCAAGCUAGUUAACUUA